CGAUCGGACGUCUGCUACAGAGCGCGUUCGUUGGCUAUUCAUUUCUUGCCUUACUGUCUUGAUCUUCCUUUCGCUGCUGCUUUGGUUCUGUCUACCUACGCAUCUCGCCAUACCCAGCACGCGACGGCCUGAUCCGCGUGUAAACAAGCGCCUUGACGAUAGUAGCAGCAGCGGAAUACGUAAGCGUAGAAUAAUGUUCGUCGAACGUCACCGAUACGGCUACGCUACACUAUGGUACGAAACGUGCUGCUGCUGUUUGAUAGACAAUAUUUGACGCUGCGCGCCACUCGUCUGAGAACAAGCGAGAAGAAUAGCAACAGCGGGAAUAAAGGCAAAUGGCAAGCUUUAUUUUGUACCCCAGAAAAACCCACACUGAUCGUCGGAUGCGGCCGAUGCUGACAGUACUUCUCCUGCAGACGAAGCUGCUACAGCAGCAAUUGUUCCUAUCAUUGUGACGCUGCUUACUGCGGUAACGCUGAUGAGCGACGGGCCUAUGAACCCGUCCACCGAUCGUAGGCCUGGCUUCGACGGCGACCUGUCGUCCGGCUGCUCUAUCUGCAGCCUGUUCAACAAACUAAGAUUGCUAAUUCUUAUGGUAACAGCAGCGUUGGAGCGAUGCUGCCGGGGGCUGUAGCGGCAGCAAUAGCGGCAGGCGAAACAGAGCGUCAUCACGACACGCACCGCUGGUGUCUGUCUUCCUACAGCUUCUCAUUGCUGUUUCGGCAGUUUGCUCGCCUUCUGAAGACAGAUAAGUAGAUCGGAGUAUUAGAACAUACAGUUUUAACCUCCACUACAAUUACUGCCAGCAGCACACUACAGCCAUUGCGGCCACUUAUGAACAUCGACGGCGACCGCAGGGGCGGCAGAUGCUACAAUAUAGGGAAGACGGGGGUGGCGGCAGUGGCGAUGGUUGAAAUGAGAUGGAUUCUGGUACGCGCCACACACACAUAUAUAUCGGCUUUUUUCGUAGCUAGAUUAGUAGUUGGUUAGAAGAGCCCCUACAAUUUUGCUCAGCAGAUAUCACCAUACUAUGCCUGUAGCUCUGCAACUGUUCGUUUAUUUAGUAUUGUUUGGUUACAGAUGCAUUAGCGUAAUCACACUCCACAGCUGGACGGUUACACUGUUUAGCACAAACAAAAAAAAAAUACGGUGACAUUUUACUGAUGAAUACCGCCACUUGAAAAUUUCGCUUCUUCUUGCCGUAUCAAUGAUAUCGAGACCCUAACAUCCACCAGUUGACCGCACGAUACUACACUAAAAUAAUAAUAAGUCAGGUUUUUAAAUCCUGCUGUACAGUGUGACGGUUAUAGUUGCCAGUAAGUGUGUGCGUCUUGGUAAGUUUACGCACACAGGAUGCCUGUACGGUUUCAUAUCGUCAGAGUUAUUUUGAACUGUUGCAGUUAUCGCUGCUAUUGCUUCUGACCGUCGCGGAGACGACUAGGACAACUAACCGACGAACGAUCGAACGUUUGGUUUAACUUAGCCACGCCGCUGAGUCAGCCGACCUCAUCGGAGUGUCAUAAGUGCCUGCGUUCUCCUAUCGAUCGAUGGUGCGAUCUUUCCACCUGUUUUUCUUCUUUUUCACUGGCUCUUUAUUCUGCUGCGUUAGUUCUAGCUCUGCUUCUUCGUCUUCUUUUCAUUUUUCGUUUACGUCUCCUCACUGUGAGUUGUUGCUCAGUUGAUGGCUGCGAUUGCAAUGGCGGUCGUGGUCGUUCGUUCGCGUUUCUCUGCGAUUCGACGAGGUGCGUUAGCAGCGGCAAAUGAUUCACUACGAUGGAGUGCAAAACGUCUGUCCAUUGGCGCCUCAUACAGCUAGCUAUCCGUUGUUCGUUGCUUCACGGACCGCUUCGACGGUCUUUUAGUGACGUGUCCUCCGCCAGAGCGUUGCCGCCAUUGUUAUGCCGAUAUUGCCUAUGUUGUUGUUAAUACUGGCUGACGCUGACCAUGAUAGGGACGUUGUUGUUGUUGUUGUUGUUGUUGUUGUAGUUGUUAACGUCUAGCAAUAGCCGACAGCCGCUGUGGCAGCGGCCCUCUGGCGGCUCUCUGCUCUGUUACCUUCACCUUGUGCUAUAUCCUUUUCUACCUACAUGGCGUCUCUGCAACUAGCACUACCGUUGCUGCCUUUGCCCGCUGUAUUCCUCAAGCACAUCAUUGCUUUAAGCAUUUAUCGGUAUGGAUCAUAUGUGUGUGACUGUGGGAGCGAGCGCGAACCGCUCAGGGGUCAUCGGCUUUGUCUGCAGAUGUUGCUGUUCUUGUUAUUGCUGCUCCUUUUUACAGCUGCUGCUGUCGUUACUGUUGUUAUUGUCGUUUUUCUUGUGCGCUGCGGUCCCAGUUUAGUUAUGGCAAUACUGGCGGCGAGGGCUGCUGCUGCUUCAGGGAUAACCGCAACAGCUACAGCAACGCCGUGAGCAGCAUGUUUAAAUGCUGGCCGCGGUGACCAUCGGGUUCGUGGCCGCAGCUGGGGCAGCUGCCACCAUCAGCGCUAUGGAAUAGAACGGAUUGUAGACAGGAGUGGAUUAUCUGCCUUGCGUCUGUGUGAGUCGAAGCCAAGAGCGACACAGCAAGCGCUAUUAGGGCGUUUGCUCCGCUGGUGGCAUGCAACUAGCUAAACCGAAACGACAAACAUGGCAGCGCAGCGCAGCGCAGCGCAGAAGAAAAAAAGCUAACGGAUACACAAGCUUACGCAGCGCUACGAGUGAGCCACUGGCCGUCUGCUUGCACGCGAGAGGCUGAAACGGCAGCAGCACCACUGUCACCUCCAUAUUCGAUACUACUGUCGAGCUAGGUGACUGUACCUAAAAUAUUUCGCCCUUUUCGUCGAAGAUAAGGAAGAUAGAAGAAGGAACAACAACAACGCCGCGGCCGACUACUCUGUCGAUCAUGACCUCUGGUUGGUCGGAUCUCCGUCUUUUUUCUUCUUGCUGUCAUGUCUAUAUUCGACUAAUAUCUGGUGUCUUUUUUGCCAACCCAUUCACGCCAAGCGGGAUGAGAAGUAGAAUUAGUACUGCAUCUAGUUGUAAAACGCGUGCUCUAAAGCUACAGCUAUAGAUCAUGCUGAUAAUGCUUAUGAUGCUACGUUGAUUUUCGAGCGGUUUGAUGAUGAUGACGACGGCGACUGUGGUGGCGGCGAUACCAGUCUAGCGACUGCUUGACGUCUGACAGUUCGCGUCGAACAGUUGAACGCGCGCGCUCGAAGGCCCGUCAUUCUCUGGCUCUGUUUGUCUGUCCACCCGUUCAAAUCCUGGAUACACAUCGCUCACCGCGACGGAGCGCUGCGACGACCAUUUUGGUGACUGUGUUGUGUGGAAUCCCUGUCCGUGCGCGCCUGGCCUAUGCGCUCACAAUAAUGCGAGGGGGUGAAAAGGAGCAGGACAGAGUAGAUUAGAGCUCGAGUGCCUCCUUGUGUUGCUGGACGCGACCAGAAUCAAGCUGCUGCUGCUGCUGGUGCUGCCUGCAGAGCAGCAGAAGCAGCAAUGUUAUGCGGCGACGGCCUUCUCUACACCGUCCUUUUCCUACGCUCGUUUACGAGAAGAGCAAGUAGCCCGAAAACAGGAUCAGAUAGACGUAUAGUUUGAACGACUAAGCAGAGCUAGGAAAAAGUGAAGGGAUGGCACUCACGUGCUGGUCACCACUGUGCCCGCAGUUUGUCGAGGCGACAGGAGCCGUUGUGCUCGUCACGAGUGGUGGAAGAGUAUCAAUACCGGCUGCUAGCACCGUUACCAAACAGGAUUGCUGAAGUGAAUAACUUCAUAGCAUAACUGGCUAAAUGGACGAUAACCGACAACAGUCAAAUAAGGGGAUUACAAUAAUGUGAUUAAGUUGUAAGACGAGAUGCGUCGUAUGCACUGAGCGUAUUGUUGUACUUGGCUUUUUCGAAUGUCCAUAAGAAAAUAGUUAUUUCUAUUGGAGAACCAUUUUAAUGGUCAGUACAUUUAUGAUAGGAACGCUGUCGUUACCUGUUUAUGGACGAACACAACGAUGGUGACUACUUACGGAUGGAUGGAACGUUGUUAUUGUAAGAAGCGCGAAAUAGUGUGAAAAAAAUGAGAACUAAGCGGCAGCCUAUGGGUCGCUAAUUCGAUAACGCUGCAUUGGCGUACACCCGCAUAAUCGUUUAUUUUCUGUAUGUCAAAAAAUCUCGCAGGAGCCUUUAUAGUUGGGUUGUAUUUUAGUACGCGCACCGCCUCGUAUCCCAUGGUCGUAUGAAUUGACAAAAUGAAUGAUCUUGGCCGCACAGACAUGGCCAAUGUGCUAUGGGCUCAAAUGUGAUCCGUUCUCGGUUUAACUCGAGUAAACAAACGCUAGCUAAGCUUGAAUCACUAACAACGUAUACAUGUUUUAGAGCUCAUAAAGGAGGAGAGUCACCGCUGAACAGCCAGACAGCGCAGGGCAAAAAGCGCCGACCACUGGACGACCUGUCCGUGUCGGUAACUGGUGACUCGAAGAAGAAUCGCCCUGAGGAUAUUGCCGACGACGCGUCAUUGCCAUUGCCACCGUGCGAGGCCGUUGAGGCUGCCGUAUGCGCAGACACUGGCAGCGAUCGGGCUCAGGAGAAUCAGCAACCAGCUGCCACCCUUGCUGCAACCCUGGCCGCACAACUACCCCCACUUCCAAGCGUCAACGGAGUUAGCAUUGGGGUGGGAGUCGGCGUCAACGGCAUUAGCGGCGCAAGCGUUGCUAUCAACUGCGUCAGCCUAAACGGCACGGUCACAUCAAUGGCGCCGCUUUCCCCCCUCGUCAGUACAGCUCUACCCUCGCUUUCGACCCUUUCCACAACCCUGUCAGCGACAUUGCCAACACCCCCUGCUGCUCACCAACAGGUAGCGCAAACUCUGCCCGAUGAUGUGAUUAUCCCGUCACCGCCUUCACGCCGUCGAUCGCUGCUCAUGUGGAAUCCCCGGUUAAGAGGCAAGGAUGAGCGUCGUAAGGUGCUAAAGAUUUCCAUUUCCAAAUUGCGCCUCAUCGACGAUCCUGAAGUGUUCUUACGCCGGUCGGUUCUCGUCAAUAACACGCUGAAGAAGUUGCAGAAGGAGAUUCGUGACGAAAAGACCUCGCAGCGUUUCUACGACGUUCGGAACGCCUGGAGGCCACUAGCAGAAGAGACUUGCUUUGACAGCGUUGACCCACCAGCUAAACGCCGCAAAGAUGCCGAACCUGAGGACUUACGGCAGGAGUCAUCGGACGAGGAGAUUUUUGGUGUUAGCUCAGACGUUGUGCGGGUCUCCGUACCAAAGCAGCCAACGAAUAGUUCCUCAUCGUCAUCAUCGAGUAGCGAAAGCGAAGACGAGACUGCCGAGUCCACACUGGCUGCAGCCGACCAGCAAGCAGGGUGCGUUUGCCAGGGUAGCGAAGGCUCAUCGCAAGAAAUGGCAUCGCACUCUAUGCUAUGCAACCCGGUUAUAGACAGUACACAUGAAUGCCGAGAUAGUAACAAUAGCAACAACCGAAACGGAAUAACAACUGAAAUGGACCUCCUGCAGCAACAACAGCAAAGUCCAUCCUGUUCAUCAUCGACAGCGUCACCAACAUCAUCCGGUUCACCGCCGCCGCCGCCGCCGCCGUCGUCGUCGUCGUCGUCGUCAUCGUCGUCGUCGUCGUCAUCGUCGUCGUCGUCGUCGUCGUCGUCAUCGUCAUCGUCGUCGCCGUCGUCGUCAACAGGUUCAGUAACGUGCGCCACGCAAUUUCGCCGACUGGAAGACAGCGUGUCAGUGUUGGACUCGGUCGUGUACCACAGCUUGAUCGCCUCACUCGAGUCGUGACUGCUACUACGGGCGCCCGCUGCUGACGCCCCGCUGAUAGCUGCUAACCCGAAUCCGUGUGCCAGCCAGCCCUUAUGAAAUGGGGGGCAUGCUGCGAUUAUAUGAAGGACGAGGGCGUGCGAACAACAACAGCGGCGACAACAACAACAACAGCGACGGCAACGUCGCCACCGCCACCGCCACCGCCGCCGCCGCUAAUCUUCGCUGACUCCGUCGGCCACGGUAGCAAUUGCGGUCCACCACAAACAUCAAAAUCACAGGAUGUCAAUGUCAACAACAAUGCCGAUACUUCUGCAGAAACUGACGAAGUUGAUGGUGAUGGUGACUGUGACUGGUGUUAUUGUGCUGGAGGACUGAAGCGGAUGCGUACAUGUGUUGAUACUCUGUAAUAUACAUAUAUAAAUAUAUAUAUUAUUGUUGCUGUUAUCUCUGUAUAUAUAUAUAUAUAU